AAUCACUAUAUUAUUUCUGUUAGAUUGUUGUUUAGUAGAUAACUUUCUGCAGCAGGAGAAAGGCGCUCUCUCUCCCUGAUAUUCCUUCAUUUUGUUUUCUACAGCUUUUUAAGAUUUUAGUUUAUAACAAUCUAAUCUAAUGCCUUCUUUAGCUUUAUCUGAUGUCAAAGAGAAGAAAGAAAAAAAGAUGAAGAAGAAGGUAGCUCUCGAAACUCCAGAAACCGAGAAAAAGAUGAAGAAGAUGAAGGAGCCCAAGGUUAAAGAUGAAGAAAAUGAUUCAGAGGUGAAGAAGAGUAAGAAGAAGCGAAAGGCAUCGGAGCUUCAGUUUGAAGAGGAGGAGAGGAGCGAGACGAGUUCGGAGCUUGUUGAGCCGGUGGAUGUGAAGGAGAAGAAGAAGCAAAAGAAAGCCAAGGCGGAGGAAGACGGAGAGGAAGAUGAAGGGAAAAGUGAGGAUUCAAAUGCGAUUUCGAGGUUUCGGAUUUCGGAAGCGGUUAGAGUGAAGCUGAAGUCGAAGGGGAUUGAGUCGUUGUUUCCUAUUCAGGCCAUGACUUUUGAUAUUAUUCUUGAUGGCACUGAUUUGGUUGGGCGAGCACGAACCGGUCAGGGUAAGACACUGGCCUUUGUGUUGCCUAUAUUGGAGUCUUUAACAAAUGGCCCCGCAAAAACAUUGAGGAAGACUGGAUAUGGCAGGCCGCCAAGUGUUCUGGUACUUUUACCUACCAGGGAAUUGGCUAAACAGGUUUUUGAGGACUUUAAAGUUUAUGGUGAGGUGUUGGGGUUGACUUCAUGUUGUUUAUACGGAGGAGCUCCUUACCAUACCCAAGAGAUGAAACUGAAGAUAGGGGUUGAUAUAGUUGUUGGGACACCUGGCCGUAUAAAGGAUCACAUAGAGAGGGGGAAUAUUCACUUAGGCUCAUUGAAAUUUCGAGUUCUUGAUGAGGCAGAUGAAAUGCUGAGAAUGGGAUUUGUCGAUGAUGUUGAACUUAUUCUAGGAAAGGUAGACGAUGCAAGUAAAGUUCAGACACUUCUUUUUAGUGCCACCUUGCCGGACUGGGUGAAGGGUAUUGCUGCAAGGUUUCUUAAAACAAGUAAGAAGACUGUUGAUCUUGUUGGUAAUGAGAAGAUGAAGGCUAGUACCAAUGUUAGACAUAUUGUCUUGCCCUGUUCUAAGUCAGCAAGGUCGCAGCUGAUACCAGAUAUUAUUCGUUGUUAUAGCAGUGGUGGACGUACUAUUAUAUUCACUGAGACGAAAGAUUCUGCUUCUGAGCUUGCUGGCUUGUUACCUGGAUCCCGGGCUUUGCAUGGGGACAUACAGCAGGUCCAACGUGAGGUCACCCUUAAUGGGUUCCGGUCAGGCAAGUUCAUGACAUUAGUGGCUACAAAUGUGGCGGCAAGGGGAUUAGAUAUCAAUGAUGUGCAGUUAAUUAUCCAGUGUGAGCCUCCACGUGAUGUAGAAGCGUAUAUUCAUCGGUCUGGACGAACAGGGAGAGCAGGCAAUACUGGAGUUGCUGUCAUGCUUUAUGAUCCUAAAAGGUCAAGCAUAUCUAAGAUAGAAAGAGAAUCUGGUGUAAAAUUUGAGCACAUUUCUGCACCUCAGCCUGUUGAUAUUGCUAAAUCUGCUGGUGUUGAAGCAGCAAAAACUAUAACCCAAGUUUCUGACAGUGUAAUUCCUGCCUUUAAAUCUGUUGCUCAAGAGCUAUUGGAAACUUCUGGUCUAUCAGCUGAAGAUCUACUUGCCAAAGCACUAGCCAAGGCUGCAGGUUAUUCUGAGAUAAAGAGUAGGUCCCUAUUAACGUCUAUGGAGAACCAUGUUACAUUACUUCUUGAGGCUGGAAAACCUAUUUAUACAAUUUCAUUUGUUUUUGGCGUCUUAAAAAGAUUCUUGCCUGAGGAAAAGGUUCAGUCAGUGCAAGGUCUGACCCUUACUGCUGAUGGAAUGGGUGCAGUCUUUGAUGUUGCAGAAGAAGAUGUGGAAACAUUUCUUGCUGGUGCUGAAAAUGCAGCUAAUGUUAGCUUAGAGGUGUUGAAGAAAGAAUUGCCACGUUUACAAGAAAGAGACCAGUCAAGAGGGAGAUUUGGUGGACGGAGUGGUUUUGGUGAUAGAAAUGGCGGUGGUGGUAGGUUCUCUGGAGGCAGAGGUGGAUUUUCUGGUAGAAGGAAUGAUAAGUUUUCUAACGGUUCGAGAGGUGGGGGAGGCCGCUACAAUAGCAAGAAAUGGUGAGGCUCCCCUGAAUCUGUCCGACUUCAUCCAAUAAAAAUGGUGCUCAUGGGUAAUGGCUGCCUGUGUGGGCAAAAUUAGUCCCGAAGAUGAUGAAGAAAUGUUCGAUAGGAGCCUACAACAUUUUAUCUAGUUUUCCGUGUGUUAAUCUGCAGGUUUUUUUUUUUUUUAAUUUUUAAUUUUUCGUUUUCAAUUUAUGAUUAUUUUAUGAGUGUAUCUCCUGGGGAUUUUGCCUUCCUCCCCACUCGCCUAGUUGCUUAUAUUUUGCUGAAGAAGAAAAUUACAUUUAAAUUUGUAUUCUUUGCCUGCAAGGUUGCAACCAAAACAUUAACACGGAAAACAUAAUAUAAGAAUUUUGUGAGCAUGGCUGUCUCAAAAAUUACUUUUAAACAGUGUUUGAUGGAUGGAAUUUCCUUGUAAUUUAAGAAACCAAGUCCAUGGUCUAUGGAGGGUCGCAAAGAGAAUUUUAUUCCAGACUAAAAUGCACAGGUGGUCAUCUUGAUAAUUUUUGUUUUGGUCAUUCUAGCUGACGAUUUAAUUAUGAACGUAAGAUUUGUUUUUUUUUUUU